AAUUUCCCUUUUGCUAUUACGACUCCGCCGGCAUCACGCAACUCGGCUGUCCUUGGACCUCAAACUUUCAAGGGACACAGUAUUGUGUGAUGCCGUUAUCGUGGAGCGAAUUUUAAUGCUGUCUAGCUGGGGGAAACACGGGAGAACAUAACGAGAGACAUGGAGACACUGAGGAGCAUGCGAUCAGGAGACAUGGGGGUAUGGGUGGCAUUACGACGGCGGCGGUCUCAUUGAGCGCGGCACGUCUGUGCCUCGCGACAGGCGGCUUGCUGUCUGUGGACGCGACUUUGUAUGGCAUCGUUGGCCAUUUUUCGUUUUCGUUCUUUUUUUCCUUCUUCUCCAGUGGUAGUAGGGGAGAGUUGCGUGGUUGGAGAAAGCUAUGUCUUGCGGAAGCAGGGUGGGGGAAUUUCCGGCGCGGGAGGGGGAAGGUUCUUUUUCAGCACGAGAGCAUGACAUUCUCACGGCUGGGGCAGGCACAUCUUUUUUUGGAAUGGACUGUGAUGAUUUCAUUCAACUCGAGGAUCAACGAGGAAACAGAGACGUCGCGCGACCACUCGGUCCGCUCCAGAACCCGUAAUCUCUCACUACGCUGCUCUGCGAGGAAAUGUCUUUUGGGUUCUUUUUCUCCGUAGGACUCGGCACGAUACCCCCCGGCCCUGGGCAAAUCAACAAAAAGCUACAUUCACACCGCACACUUUCCGUUCCUGUUCGCUGUC